AUGGGAAACACUUUCACUACGCAACAAGAGUCGGUAGUUCCCCCUAUCACUUCCUCUAGCAAGCCCGACCCUCUCGCUCGUGUGGAAGCUCCCGUCUUGUCUUUUACUGUUGACGAAUUCGUAUUCGCCUACCUCCAAGGCGUGCGUACCAAUUGUAUGUUCCACAAUACCGGACGUCCAUUUUUAGAGGAUGCUGUCUACCAUCCACCCUGGGUUAGUACUACAGCCGAAGACAUGUACGACGAGAUGAUCGGAGUCGGCAUCAGUCCACUAGGAUGGUGUCAAGCCAACCUUCCGGAAUUGAUGUUGAAAGACAGCUUCAUCACCCGCGUCGCCCCCAUCGAAGACGAAGAACCCAACCUCAAUUACAAAGGCAUGAGUUUCUCGCAUUGGUCAUUCCUAGAGACGUUGAAUGAAGCGGACAUAGAGCUCCGUUCAGCUAUCCCUAGCGCGCAUCCAACCGUCGGCAGACCAAUUCCUGAUCGGUUCGCGCUGCCGCAAGCCUGGUGUGUAGGCAUGUACAAACUAGCGGCCAUGCUGGAUGAGAUGCACAAUGCGGGUAUAACGCCCUAUCAGUACGUAGCGGGCACGCCCAUGCUACUUGACUACUCGUCUACCUCUCCAUUUAUGGUUUGUAUGGAGAUGGAUACUUCUCUUAGGCUACCCGAGUUACAAAUCGCCUUUCGGAAUCGCUGGAUCGUUCAGUAUAUGAUGGACUGCCUUGGUCUCAUCUGGAAUCAUGUGGAUAACCCGGCGAAGCACCCAUUAUGUCAUGUCUUUACCCAGGAACAGCUUCGUGGAGUCAUGACUAAGUUAAUUGCCGUUAUUGGAGUGACCGGAAAUCAGGGUGGGUCAGUUGCUCGCGCGUUCCUGAACGAGCCCGAGUGGAAAGUUCGCGGCAUCACUCGCGACACUUCCAAAGCGUCCGCCACAGAGUUGUCAUCUCAAGGCGUUGAAGUCGUAGCAGGCAACCUUGAUGACCUAGAGUCGCUGAAGAAUGGGUUCAAGGGUGCAAAUGUCAUCUUCGGCAACACUGACUUCUGGGGUCACCUGAACGAUCCUGCGACACAUAAGCUUGCAGCCGAACAGAAACGUACAGCAAACGAAGUGGCAUAUGACCGAGAAGUUGCUCAAGCCAAGGCUAUCAUCGAUGCAGCAGCGGCGCAUGCCGGCACUCUGGACCGUCUCGUGUUGUCCACGCUGUCUGAAGCUAGGAAAUGGAGCAACGGUACCAUCAAGUGGAACUUGCACUUCGAUGCAAAGGCUGAAACCGAGAAUUACUUGAAAGAGACAUACCCGGAGCUUUCUGUCAAGACGAGCUUGCUGCACUUGGGCUCCUAUGCAAGUAACUGGAGACCAGAGAAGCAGGAAGACGGCUCCUUUGUUCUUAGUCUACCCAUGAGUGGAGACAGGAAGAUCCCCAUGGUCGAUCCGGUUGCAGACACUGGGCGUUUCACGAAGGCACUCGUCGAGUUGCCACCAGGAACACUUCUGAGCGGCGCUGGAUCGUUCAUAUCGCUUGGUGAAUGGUGCGACAUUUUCGGGAAGGUGAACAACGUGAAAUGCGUCUUCAAGCAGAUACCUCGAGAGGCCAUUGAAGAAGCGAUGGGACCCGUAUACGGUCCCGAAAUUGCCGACAUGUACGAGUAUUUCGACAAGUUUGGCUUCGAAGGGGGCAUUCCUGAUGUUGUGUUUCCGUGGGACCUGGGCAUCGACGUGAAGUACACGUCCAUGGAAGAGUACUUGAAGGGCGAGAACUGCAGCAUCGUUUUGUGA